CCACCAGCAGUUGGUUUAUUGGCCUGCUAGCUGCGGUCCCUUCCCCGGAGGCAAGCUGGCGGCCCUUCGGCUAGAGGCGGAGGAGAAGGAGCUGGGGGUCAUGGCCUGGGUGCUGAAGAUGGACGAUGCCACCAUCGAGUCGGGGCUGGUACACGACUUCGAUGCCAGUCUGUCGGGCAUCGGGCAGGAGCUGGGGGCUGGCGCGUACAGUAUGAGUGAUGUGCUGGCCCUACCCAUUUUUAAACAGGAGGACUCCAGUCUUCCUUCAGACAGUGAGAGCUGCAGUCCCAACCCUCCCUUCCAGUAUGUUCUCUGUGCUGCCACCUCCCCUGCUGUCAAACUACACGACGAGACACUCACCUACCUAAACCAAGGCCAGUCUUAUGAGAUCCGUAUGCUGGACAACAGAAAGCUGGAGUUAGCAGAGAUAAACAACAGGAGUGUCAAGAGCAUCGUUAGGGUGGUGUUCCAUGACAGGAGACUCCAGUACACAGAGCACCAGCAGCUGGAGGGGUGGAAGUGGAAUCGCCCUGGAGACCGUCUCCUAGACAUCGACAUCCCCUUGUCAGUGGGUAUCAUGGAAGCCAAGGCCAACCCCUCUCAGCUCAACGCUGCCGAGUUCCUCUGGGACCUCAACAAGAGAGCCUCUGUGUUUGUGCAGGUCCACUGCAUCAGUACAGAGUUCACCCCUAGGAAGCAUGGAGGGGAGAAGGGAGUUCCCUUCAGGAUCCAGAUCGACACUUUCAGACAGGGCGACAGCGGAGAGUACACUGAACACCUCCACUCUGCCUCCUGCCAAAUCAAAGUCUUCAAGCCAAAGGGGGCCGACAGGAAACAGAAGACUGACAGAGAGAAGAUGGAGAAACGAACAUCUCAGGAGAAGGAGAAGUACCAAUCCUCCUACAACACAACCAUCCUAUCAGAGUUGAGGCUGGAGCCUAUCGUAGAGGAGGCGGGAGACUAUGAGCUGAAGAAGUCCAGCAAGAGGACGCUGCCGGCUGACUGUGGGGACUCGCUGGCCAAGAGAGGCAGUUGUUCUCCAUGGCCUGAUGCCUACGUCAGCUCUCCCCAGACAGCUGGCCCCUCCUUCACCUCCACACCUCUCUCCACGUACACUGCCUCCUCCGUACCCGACAGUGGCUCCUCGUCGCCCAAUCACCAGGCAGACCCUGUCAGCCAAGUCGUCACAGAGCAACUCAGUCCUACAGCUACCAUCCAGGAGACUCAGAAGUGGCUUGUCAAAAACCGCUUCAACACCUACGCACGACUCUUCUCCCACUUCUCAGGUUUUGACUUAUUAAAGUUGACCCGGGACGACCUGGUUCAGAUCUGUGGAGCUGCUGAUGGGAUCAGACUCUUCAACACACUAACAUCCAGGUCGGUGCGUCCCAGGUUGACCCUCUAUGUGUGUCAGGAGUGUGAGGUGUAUAGCCCCCUGCUGGAAAGAUGCUGUGACAGCCAGAACAGAGAGCGCGGUGACGCACCUAAUUUAUACGUGUACCAUGCUCUGUACCUGGAAGAGCUGACUGCGGCUGAGUUGAUCAGGAAGAUGGCGUGUGUGUGUAGCGUUCCACUGGGACAGAUCAACCAGGUCUACCGGCAAGGACCCUCAGGAAUACACAUACUGCUGAGUGACCAGAUGGUUUACAACUUACCUGACGAGAGCUGCUUUCUCAUCGGCACAGUCAAAGAUGAAACGGGGGAGGGGCUCCACCAAAUGGGGGAGGGGAUUCACCUGGUUUUGAAGUAGUGAUAGAGGAUGAGAGCGCGAUGACAUCACUCAACACUCCUCCCUCCGUGUGGAGGGGAGCAGCCUCCAUCCCUCCUUCCAUCCCUCCCUCUCCCCUGUCGUUCAGAUUGCCAUGUGUAAGGCAGACGGACAGAGAAUGAACUGAACUGCAGCCAUGUUAAUGUUAGAAUCUGACGCGGGUGUGACCACUGUUUCAUAUUGAAAACACUAUUACUGAGGAGGGGAGGGGACAGAGCGGGAGACUUGGCAUGUUUUUGUUUGUUUAUUCUUUAAUUUUUAUAUUGUACCAGGGGAUGGAGGCUGCCCCCCACAGAGUCAUAUAGGGGAUGGAGGCUGCCCCCCACAGAGUCAUAUAGGGGAUGGAGGCUGCCCCCCACAGAGUCAUAUAGGGGAUGGAGGCUGCCCCCCACAGAGUCAUAUAGGGGAUGGAGGCUGCCCCCCACAGAGAGUCAUAUGGGGAUGGAGGCUGCCCCCCACAGAGAGUCAUAUAGGGGAUGGAGGCUGCCCCCCACAGAGUCAUAUAGGGGAUGGAGGCUGCCCCCCACAGAGAGUCAUAUAGGGGAUGGAGGCUGCCCCCCACAGAGUCAUAUAGGGGAUGGAGGCUGCCCCCCACAGAGAGUCAUAUAGGGGAUGGAGGCUGCCCCCCACAGAGAGUAAUAUAGGGGAUGGAGGCUGCCCCCCACAGAG